GAAUUUAACCGAAGUUAGUUGCAGUGUUCACAACAAAAUUAACUGUUUCCGAAACAAACCCCCGUGUAAUUUUGGAGACAAACGAACCAUCCUCUUUCUUUCCUUUGGUCCUCCUCUCCUCUCCUCUCCGGUGAAGAAAGAAAGAAGUCAAUAAAAGCUUCCUUCUUUAAUGCUUCUCUUUCCUCUGUGAAACGAACAGGACCCAUUUCCAUUUUCAGUACUCCACAACAGUACAGAUUCGGAUACAGAUAUUACACAGAAAUUCGUCCUCGUGGACGACGAAACCCCCGCCCCGCCGGUGUGGUCAACACGUCGUUUGGCCGAUCUCAGGGCUACUAUGGGACAAGCAAAAGCAAUUUCGUAUAGACACACAUGUACAGAUAAGGUAGAGAAAUAGAGAGGGAUAUGAUGACAACAACGAGGGGUGUCUGUUAUCCGAAAAUGGGUCUGUGUUGGGAGAGAACACUGAGGAGAGAAAGAAAUUUGCCCGGAGAGCCCACAAAUGGCGGCCGGAAGCGUUUCAAAGUUUCGCCUGAGAGCGCCGGAAGAUGUGAUUUGUUCGAGGAGUUGCCUGACGAUCUCGUCGUUUCUAUUCUCUGCAAACUCAGCUCCUCCGCCACUCGUUCUGCGGAUUUUAUCAACGUUUUGAUAACGUGCAAGAGGUUAAACGAUUUGGGGCAUCGCUCCAUGGUUCUCUCCAAGGCUUCGAUGAAAAUGCUCGCCGUUAAAGCAAAGAACUGGAGUGAGUCAGCUCACCGAUUCUUGAAACAGUGUGCCGAUUCGGGGAACAUGGAAGCCUGCUAUACUCUCGGCACGAUUCGUUUUUACUGCUUGCAAAACCGAGCGAGUGGAGCUUCGCUAAUGGCCAAGGCCGCGAUUAAAUCCCACGCGCCGGCGCUUUACUCGCUGGCCGUGAUCCAUUUCAAUGGAAGUGGCGGCUCCAAGAACGACAAGGACCUCCGAGCCGGUGUAGCUUUGUGCGCGCGAGCCGCGUUUCUCGGCCACAUCGACGCGCUGCGGGAACUGGGUCACUGCCUCCAGGACGGCUACGGGGUGCGCCAGAACAUUGCCGAGGGACGCCGAUUCCUUGUCCAAGCCAAUGCUCGCGAACUCGCCAAUGUCCUCUCGAUGCCCGGUUCGGCUCUCAACUCGCGCUCCUUGCUGGCUUGGGACCAGCACCGCCAAAACACGACGGGCUCGGCUGGGUGUCCGUUGCUGAGCGACUUUGGGUGCAACGUGCCGGCGGCGGAGGCUCAUCCUGCCAGUCGGUUCCUGACGGAGUGGUUCGGGGAGGAUCGUGGUGGCGUGCCGGGUCCGGGGCUCCGAAUGUGCUCGCACAGCGGGUGCGGGCGACCCGAAACAAGGAGGCACGAGUUUCGUCGGUGCUCGGUGUGCGGCGCAGUGAAUUACUGCUCUCGCGCAUGCCAGGCGCUCGAUUGGAAGAUGCGCCACAAGGCGGAGUGCGCACCCAUGGAAAGAUGGCAGGAUGAGGGAGACGCUAACGUUAACGGGAAUAAUAUGAACGCGGAUGAUGAUGGGGAGAGCUAAUGGUGAGGGUGACGGUAACGGCAAUAGAGAGUCCUUCCCGAAAAUUGAAUAUAAAGUUGGGGUAUUGCAUUGUUCUCUUACACCUAAAUUAUAUAUUUCUUUGAGUUUAUACUAACUAAAUUAUCAGGAUGCUUUUGCAGUCACUUUUAGUACUGGAGGAGAUGUAACAGAUAUUAGUUCAGCCUCUUAUAUUUUUGUUUGUA